UUCGUAGUCACUUGAUUCACGACAUGGCGCGCACCGAAAACCUGCUGCUUCGACCAUGUAGCGUCGUCAAUGCGGAUAGACCAACGGCCGGUUUCACCGGCCGAGCUGCCAAGUAUUUUUCUCCACAUCUGUUUGUGCGUGACAUCGCCCAACGUCGUCGCCAUGAUGCUCAGUAUGGCCGCCGCCCAGACAGUGGACGUGCUGGUGAAAAAACUGGCUACGUACCAUCGCCACGAAGUCUCGGAGCUGCAGCUCCGAAACUGCGUGGUCGCGAACCCGUCCCGCCUUUGCACCUUGAUAAGUAGCUUCACGGAGCUGCGGUGUCUUCGCUGCGUCGCUAGUUUGUUAAAGCCGUACGACGUCCGAAUACUGCUCCUCCCGGCGCUGAAGAAGUUGGAAACUCUCGAGUUCACGAUAGACGAACGUUUGUCUCCACUCCAGGCCCGCUCGAUUCGCAACCUGGCGAGGUGCAACUUCGCCCCACAAUUUCCGAGCCUUCAGUCCAUAUACGUCGAAGUCGCUGGCAGCGACAACAUCGACAUUGUCAGUGACCUGAUGCUGCACUUUCCCAACCUGAACGACUUGCACGUUCACUUUCUUCGGGGGCAGUUCGGGGAUGCCAGCGACAAAUGCAGGAGGUUGUGGGAAAGUCAUCAGAGCCUACGCCGCUUCACGUUCACGUCCGAGGUUCCUUCGACGGCGUGCCAAUUUGCCUAUCCGCACAUGAACUCCGCAGACUGCGGCGUCCUCUGCGGAAACGUGCUGUGCACUCGGGACCCACACACUACUGGGAACUGCUGGCUGAUGCGUGAUCUCUGCGAGCGUAAACAGGCACUGCCGAACCAUCAGACGCUCGUGGUGGUACGCCCCAGCAGCACUGCGACAGAGCAAAUGCGCCAAGCGGGCGUUACGAACGAGUGGACUAGCGUGAAAAGCCUUUGCCUCGUUCUGCUCGGGAUGUUCAACAACUUGCAGUAUCCGUGCGCCAGUGGCGCCUACCACGACGCCCUAGUCUACUUCUUGCAGCAGUUCAGGAGCAUCAACGGGCACGGCGAGUACGAACACAUGACCGAGCUGAACGUCAACUCAUUCCACUGCGCCGACAACUUGGACAUGACCGCAGUCUUGCAGGACGCCGGGUUGACGUCGCUGACGGCGCUGUCGGCGUCGCCCUGCGGCAUCCGACGGCAGGGGGCGCUCGGCCGUCUCGCCCUCGCCUGCCCCUCGCUCAACGACUUGGACGUCCGAGUGUACGCCGACGUCGCCAGUUGCGAGCGCUGCCGGGAAGGCCUCGACGUGGAUGCCGACGACGCGGCCGAGCUGGCUGUCAGCCACAACGGAGGCCGGCUCACGUUCAUCGGGGUGCCGCGAUUCGGCUCGCUCGAUUUCCUCAGCCGCUGCAACGUGCGGGAGCUGCGCUUGGGCGCCACUGAUUGCGACCCGCCCGAAGGACUGGGAGAGCUGCUCGGUUUCAACGAGAGGCUGCGCUGCUUGGUUCUCAGCUACGACGGCGUGCACCUCGACCUGAACCUGUACAAGAACCUGAAAGGGCUCCGGAAUCUACGCCUCCUCAGCGUGCUGUCGACUGCGUGCUACGACAAUAUCUACCCAAGAGCCUACAUGCAAUCUGUGGGCUCCUUCAUGGAACGGCUGAAGGUCUUCCACGUGCACUUCACGGACACCAAGGGCAAUACUGAGCGACUGACGUGGGUGCGACGCGCUCCGACGGUUGUGGAACAGGUCUACCGACUCGGUCCGCUGCUGAUAGCGCCGGUGUUUUUCGGCCGGGUGCUCACCGGCGCACCGUGCGUGGUCUGCACGACCCAAACUUUCAUCGGGCUCGUCAAGCCGAAAUACCGGGGCGUGCACACCAAGUUUUAGACCUUCCUCUUUUAGUGUCCUUAUAGACUGUUUUAGCUCGGCCGUAGGCGCAUUACCGUUCGUGGAACACCUGGUUACAGCAGCCGUCAAUGGCAGUAUAGCAACGCUGCUAGCGACGAUGUCAGGAUGCCUGUUUCAAUGGCAACGCGUGAGGAUCGCUUUUUUAUGUAUCGUCAUUCUUGUUUAAAAGAAAUACAAUAGGACAAAGCGGUCUGCAUGGUAACGACGAUGUCGCUACCUUUUAUUUACACCAGCGGCUAGGUAGCAAAUGAAAAGUAACUUCAAUGGGCAUUUUGUGUUUUUGCUAGUUAUAUUAUCUUACCUAAGAUGGCGUGUCACCAACGCUUCUCUUGAAGUAAACGUGUCCGGUAACCUGGUGUUUCUCAAAGGGCAAUGCGUUUACGGACCCGCUAAUACUCUGUUGUUAUUCAAACCUUGUCUCACCGAGAGACUUGACUUUUACUGCUACUGCUUCUGUUUUAUCCGUCAGGCUAAAAGUCAUAUUUCGAAUUUUAGCUUGUUCAUACUGCUGACAAAAACUCCUAAACGCCACAUUUGCCUUGAAUCCUUAUAUUGCAGUGUGAUCAUACAGAACCAUGAAAACAAAUUGUAUAUUCCUGAGUAAACCCCUGAGAUCACAUAGCAUGACGGCACUGGGUUGAUGGGCCUUCUUCAAUAGAGAUAGAGGUCUAAUAAUUCAAUAUCGGAACAUCAUACGUGGCGAAAGUAUUAUGAAUAUGACCGAAAUAGUCACCGCUAAUACUAGUUUGUACCGGGUUAGCCACAAAUAAUAACCUUGCCUGUACGAGAUUUUAAUGUGUUCGCGAGCAUCGUUUGAGUUUUUAUAGACAGAAUUGACUAUUAUGCAUAACUUUAUCUGCAAUUUCCUAAUAUUUUACGUAAGAUUCAACAGAAAGAUGACGCGAGGGGACGACCUUGAGAUUUAUCAAAUUUCUUGCCAAUUUUUAUUGCACUUCUGCAUUACAGUUCUUUAGUCCCACACUACACUGUUCUUCAAAUCUAGUUUUGCUUUAAUUCUAACUAUAUGAAAAACCACCUGCUUUUUGGCCAAUCCCCCAUCAUGGUUAUGCGCCAGUGUUUGGGAAACGAAAUGAGUCGAAGAAGUGAGAAUAAACAGUAAUGGUGACCGUA